UAGGCUCUUUUGUUUCUUUUCAUUCUUGCUAUUUUCUCCUUUACAAAAGGAGGUUAUUCUUAAAAGCUUUUUCGUAUGGAUAUUUGAACAGACUUGCUUUUCUGCUCGGGCUGCUCAAGAACAUUCAGGGUAAAAAGCUAUAUAGGACUUCUCACUGUGUUUGAAAGUCUAGUUUGGCUUUAGUAACUUGCUAUUACUUGAUUUUAAAAUGUUUAUUAGCUUGUUGCUCAACUUGUGAUUUCAGCAGGGUUAGUCAUCAGUUAGAAUUCUCAAGACAGGCAAACAGGUGUAUCUGGUAAGAUGAGCAUGAGUGGGAAAGCUUGCUCCUAAAUAUAGCAGUAAAAACCUAUAGUAAUAUCUGUCAGCCGUUGCGUGGAUCAUCACACACACGAACAUCUUCAGGCCCUUUUUCCUGAAGUAAAAAAACAACAAAGCUCCAAAGUCAAAUUACAUCUCCAAUGCCUAAUUAGUCUGGGAUGUGGUAGUCGUUGUAACUGCUGGUCCCAUUAAACAUAUCAACUUGCAGACGACAUUGCGCCUGGUUCAGUGAGUCUCUGGCCAGGCUGAGAUUAUACAGUGUAGGUUCUUACCAUAGCGAGAUACCAAACUCAACUCCACUUCUGUGUGUCAGUGAAGGUAGGAGGGGUGUGGGCUGUUAGGGUGCACCAAGACUGACUGGAAAGUAGUACAAAAUGCUCUUUACUACGUAUGUAAAAUGUUGUUGCCAAAGUAAAGAGGGUGGAAAAAAUUAAUUAUGUCUGUGUGAAAAUUGUGUUACAAGACUGGAAUUCUUCUCUGAGAGAAGAGACUAGCGAAGAAUGUGAUUAUAGGCACAGCUGAUGAUACUGAUGCUCUAAUUUUCCUUUCAUGACCUGUUAAUAAGGCCUAUCUUCAGUUGUGUUAUUGCCAAAGCUUUGCCAUUUGGACUGAAAUUUUUCACAGUAGCUCUCUGCUUCAGAGUAACUUUGAGCAAUGAAGAGGAAGGAAGGAAGGAAGAAUAAGAGGAUAUUGGCUCAAGAAUGGAUCAGCUGUAUAUCCAAGAAUAGAACUGUUUGAGGAGGGAGGGAAAAGAACAAAAAAGGAAGGGUGGAUGGAAGUCUUACAGUGUAUUUGUACUUAGCAGUUCCUCUUUACAACAAGGACUUAACAUUUAGCAAUGGAUCACCUGGUAUGCAAAGUGUGAUUUCUGAAGCCUGUGAUAAUGUGUCCAGAUUUGACCAUGACCUGGUCUUGAAGUGUUUUCAAUCUUAAGACUGUACUGCGCGUGUGAGUUUAGUACCUCUUACAUUCUUUAAAUAGUUGAUCUGUAUCAAGUAUGCUUCAUCCUAGGGCUUAGCAGUAACUGCUUGUCUGCAAUUUUUUCUUAUUGUUACUGGGUGCAGGUAUUAAAAUGAGAACAAGAAGACCUUCUUGCAGGCUUGUUUAUCUGGUUAUUUUAUUUUUGUGCUUGUUCCUAGGAAGCUUGGUGUGAAGCAGGGAAGUUGAUGUGUAAGAGAAACUGAAGUAGAGCUGGCACAGAUAUUGGAGAGGAAGGGGAUGGGGAGGUAUAAGUAAUGGAUAAGAACAGAGGACCCGUAUGGACAAUGACUGGACCAGAAAGAAUAAGUCUGCUGCUUCUACCUAUUACUGUAUUUGUAUAUGUAAUAAUUCUGUGCUAUUCUAAUCUAAACUUUGGAUUCUGCUAAUGCUGCAAAAUGGAAGUGGUCCCAUUCCAUGAUGUCUACUCCCCAAAAAACACUUUGUGGGAGAAAUGCCAUGAUUUGAGCAAUAAGUUAAAUAAAGUGUGUAGCCACACAGUAGAUGUUUAAUUCUGGCUUUCCCUUACCUUUCAGUGAUAUUUUAGCACACUCAAUAUCUGUCAUGUUUCUUUCUUUUUAAGGGUAAUAAUGAAGGUGGUGGGAAGGGACAAGCAGGGCAACGAAAAUGGAUAUUUAGUGUUUCAAAGAAAAAAUACGUAAAACUGGAAAACUGUAAAAUCUAACUAAUGAAGAAUUAGUGUUUUUCACACUCAUAUACCUGGCAUGCUUCAUGUUGAACAUGAGCCUUGUUAUGAUUAGCGAGAAUGUAAAGCUGGCCCGUGAAUAUGCUUUACUGGGAAACUAUGAUUCUGCAAUGGUCUAUUACCAGGGAGUUCUUGACCAAAUGAAUAAAUACCUCUACUCUGUCAGAGAUACGUAUCUACAACAGAAAUGGCAACAGGUUUGGCAGGAGAUAAGUGUGGAAGCUAAGCACGUGAAAGAUAUAAUGAAAACACUAGAGAGUUUUAAGCUAGACAGUACUCCGUUGAAAGCUUCGCAACAAGAAUUAAGACCUUCGCCAGGACCCAGAAAACGUCUGUCUGCUCCAUGCAGUGAUUGUAGAGGUCACAAUAAUCGUAUAAGUGCAGCAGUCAGAGGCCCUCACCGCCCAUCCUCUCGAAAUCCCAACGAAAAAGGGAAGGCAGUCCGCGGCCGGGAAAAGAAAGAUCAACAAAUGAAAGGAAAGGAGGAGAAGAACAAAUCCACAUCUGAGAUUUCAGAAUCUGAACCAAAGAAAUUUGAUGGUACUGGGUAUGAUAAAGAUUUAGUAGAAGCUUUGGAAAGAGAUAUAAUUUCUCAAAAUCCCAAUAUUCGAUGGGAUGAUAUUGCUGACCUAGUAGAAGCCAAAAAGCUGCUCAAAGAAGCUGUAGUUUUACCAAUGUGGAUGCCAGAAUUUUUUAAGGGAAUUAGAAGACCGUGGAAGGGUGUGCUGAUGGUUGGUCCUCCUGGUACUGGAAAGACCCUCCUGGCAAAAGCUGUAGCUACAGAAUGCAAGACUACUUUCUUCAAUGUUUCUUCUUCCACACUGACCUCAAAAUACAGAGGCGAAUCUGAGAAACUUGUUCGUCUACUGUUUGAAAUGGCUCGAUUUUAUGCCCCAACAACUAUAUUUAUUGAUGAGAUAGACUCUAUCUGUAGUCGCAGGGGAACUUCAGAGGAGCAUGAAGCUAGCAGGCGUGUGAAAGCAGAACUGCUGGUUCAAAUGGAUGGUGUUGGAGGGGCUACUGAAAACGAUGAUCCUUCUAAGAUGGUUAUGGUACUUGCUGCUACUAAUUUUCCUUGGGAUAUUGAUGAAGCCUUGAGACGGAGACUAGAGAAGAGAAUUUACAUUCCUCUACCAUCAGCAAAAGGUAGAGAGGAGCUCCUGAGAAUAAAUCUGCGAGAGCUGGAAUUGGCUGAUGAUGUUGACCUUGCAAAUAUAGCUGAGAAAAUGGAGGGUUAUUCAGGUGCAGACAUUACCAAUGUAUGCAGAGAUGCAUCAUUGAUGGCUAUGAGAAGACGUAUUGAAGGCUUGACACCAGAAGAAAUAAGAAAUCUUUCCCGAGAUGAAAUGCAUAUGCCAACAACUAUGGAAGACUUUGAAAUAGCUUUAAAAAAGGUUUCUAAAUCUGUAUCUGCUGCGGACAUUGAAAAAUAUGAAAAAUGGAUAGUUGAGUUUGGAUCAUGCUGAGAUGUCUUAUCUUGAAGAAGCCACCUUACGUCUUAAAACAGCUUCAGAAGUAAUAAGUAGUGUGUCAGUGCACUGAGUGCUCUUUUUAACUUUUGUAAUUAAAUUUAAGAGCAACAGAUACCUAAAUAAAUGUUUUUUAAAAUGCAAA